GUGUCUGUCCAAUUCCUAAAGCCUACGAAGGAAAAAAUUGUAGUAAACCAGUUGACUGUUUCUGGAAUAAAAUGUAUCCUUACGGAGAAGAACAGAAUGACACGGAGAUGGACGUAGGAUUGAUCCGUGAUGAGCUGUGUAAAGAAGUAUUGUACGACUAUGGUAUCUGGUUCUUUGAUGACAAGCACUACGUCCUGUAUAUUUGUGCCAAUGGAAUGAUUCGUUUCGAUAUAGAAUAUGUGAGGUACUUCCCAGUUCCAACCUUUGACGUCGAAGAAUUCCCGUUCGAAGUCCCUAUGUUGUUCCCCUUCUGGUCGAAAAUCGACAUAUACGACUCAUUCUGUUCCAGUGAGCAGGACUGCCUUUCUGGUGACAUAGAUUAUAAAAACCGUUCCGCCGUAUUCUACCAAGUUUACACGGAAGCAUCAUAUAUUCUAGACAAAGCUAGUAAAGACGUCAAAGAGAAUUCGAACGACCAAAAGUUCCAGAACUUCAAGGCUUCGUGGGUACUCGUAGUGACCUGGUUACGCCUUCGUCCAGAAGAGGAAGCCGAGGGCGAUGCCGAAGAAGGAGUGACUAAUACAUUCCAAGCAGUACUCAUCACUGAUGGAACCUACACAUUUCUGAAGUACCACUACCCUUGCAAUUCUCUUCAGUGGGCAUCGCCGAAAUUUUAUGAAUUGUAUCCAGAAGAUUUUGGCGGCUAUCCUGUAGCAGGUAUAAAUGCUGGUGAUGGAAAUCUGGAAGAUGUCGAGAGAUUCUUUAGUCUCGAAGGGUCGGCUUCUCCAGAGAUAACGGGUCUCACCCUGAGGAGAGAAAAUGCGGACAAUGAUGGAGAGUAUUUCUUUAGACUUGAACAAAGAACAGGAGACGACCCUGAAACAAAAUGCAGGAAGUGGUCCGACUGGCAAGAAAAAUAUCUAAAAGCUGAUAUAUCGAACGCUGAUAACUUUAUCCCAGCUUGUCCCUGUUCAAUCUUCCAAGUUAUUUUUUCUCCCACUUACUAUCUAAUUUUCUCCACUGAACCAGACAGCGUUUGUUUCGUUAGCAUUUUCGUCUUCCCGUUCAACAACAAGGAAGCAGGCAGCAACAGUUCUGUACAGGGAUUUAUCCUUCGAAAGUGUUGCUAUUCGAAUUUCUUCUUUGGUGCGCUUCUUACGGGAAGUGAUGAUCCGGGAAGUUUAGAAGUUUUCUAUACAGACAAGCCUGAAGAUUUACUGGAUGAUGCCGAAGCGAAACAGGCAUGCUGCUUCGACUCUUUCAACUGUGAUUUGUACGACAAUGUACGCCCCUCAGAUGAUUGUGAACGUUUCUUUAUUCCCCGAAGACGUUGGUUUUGGGGAGAUCCACACUUUAAAACACUCGACGAUAAGGACUACACGUUCAACGGUGUUGGGGAAUACACCAUGGUUGAUGGCAAAAACGGUACGUUUAAGCUUCAAGCAAGAACGGUACUGGCCCCUGGAAAUCGUAGUAUAGCUACGGUGUUCUCUGCUGGAGCUGCUCAGGAAAAUGGAAGCAGUAAAGUCGAAGUUAGAGCCAAAAGUGGAGGUGGAUUGGAGAUGUAUAUCAACGGUACACUGUACGACGGGCUCUAUAGUCUGACAAACAUCAGCAAGGAGAUCGGAGGAAACCUGAGAGCGGCUCAAAAAAAUCCUGGCUGCGUUGAGGUGACCUUCAAGAGUGGAUCAGGCGUUGAAUUCUGUGAGGCCAAGGGGAUGAUGUCAUUUGUGGUGACCUUGAGUAACGAGUUCCUUAACAACACAAAAGGGCUUCUUGGAACUUACAAUAACAAUCCAGAUGACGACUACACUUUGCCGAAUGGGACUGCUUUGGGUCCAAACGUCAGUUCCUCUACUAUUCAUUAUGAUUUCGGUUUGAAGUGGCAAAUAACAGCCGAAGAGUCUUUGUUCACUUACGGUCCUAAUGAAGGCGUUCACACUUUCGCCAAUGCAAGCUUCAAGCCCAUGUUUGUCGAGGCCAUCAAGUGGGCAGACAAUGCCACUGAGCAGGCAGCUAAGGAUGCUUGUGGAGGUGACGUGGUGUGUCUCUUCGAUGCUGCUUCUACGAAUGAUGUUUCCAUAGGAACCAACAGCAAAGACGUAAACGUGAAGUUAGUAAAGGAGAACGAAAAACUUGCGAACUUCCCACCAAAAUUUACUUACGUUCCAUCAGUCAUCGAAGCCACAGUUGGGGAAGUCCUGUGGGUCAACGUCACAGCCAAAGAUAACAACUCCUUUGCGUUUAACGUCAUCAAAAAGCCACAAGGAGCGACUUUUACCACAGUGAACGAAACUCUACUCAAGUUUACUUGGAAUGUAACUUCUAAAGAAAAGGUCAAAUUCACGUUCACGGCAACAGACGAAUUCAACGCCUCCGUAAGCUUCACACCCACUAUCAAAAUGUGCGCCUGCGAAAAUAAUGGCCAGUGCGUCAAACCAGCGCAAGGAGACAAGUUAAAUAAUGACAGUAAAUUCAUAAUCCAAGGUUGCACAUGUAAACCGGGAUACACCGGCAGGUUCUGUGAGAAUGACAUUGAUGCUUGCAAAGUGAACGGAAACCCUUGCUUCAAGGGCGUCAACUGUACCGAUAAACUGGCGCCGGCUAACUUAACAGGUUAUACCUGUGGAGACUGUCCAACUGGGUAUUCCGGUAACGGCAUCAAAUGUGCUGACAUCGACGAAUGCAAAAACAACUCGUUGAACCAAUGUGAACAGGAAUGUGUCAAUAACCCUGGUUCAUAUAGCUGCAAAUGCAAAUCUGGCUUCAAGUUAAACAGCAACGGCUUCGCCUGCGAUGACAUCAACGAAUGUGAGCCCGUUAAUGAUUGUAUGCACCGAUGCAACAACACUGUAGGAAGCUACAAAUGUUACUGCGAUGAGUUCUUUGAGGUUGACCCGGGAGACCUUAAAGCCUGCAAACCAACCAAUCCUUGCAAUGACAGCGAUUGCCAAAUCUGUUUUAUAAAGAAAAACAUACAAGCUUGUGACUGCAAAGCGGGAUUUAAAUUAGCUAGUGACGGCAAAACAUGUGAAGAUAUUGACGAAUGCAAGAUCGACGGUAUCAGGUGCACACAGAAGUGUGAGAAUAAAGAUGGUGGAUACGAUUGCAAGUGUUAUCCAGGAUAUCAGCUCGACGCAGAUGGCUUUACCUGUUCUGAUAUCAAUGAAUGCUUAAACUCAUCAUUAUUCAGUUGUCCUGGCAAAUCGCGUAUCUGCGAAAAUAUCCCGGGUAAUUACACAUGCAAAUGCCAGAGCGGACUGUUCUACAUAAACAAUACGUGCACAGCCCUCAAACCAGGAGAAAAACCGCCGGAGCCGACAGUCCCAACGCCAAAGGAAGCAUCUGAAAAAGAAAAAGAGAAUGCGAUUGAAAUUACGCUACAAAAUAUGGAAAAGAAACAGUACAGCGCAUCAGUGGAUGAAAAGUUCAGAACAACAUGCGCCAAAUCAGCCGACACUUUCUGCCAAAAAGAUAAGGCAGCAUGUGGGAUAACAAGCAAAAGGAGAAGGCGAUCCGCAGCUUUAAUUACCAAAGAUAAUGUUCAUUUACUACCAGGCUUCCCGAAAGAGGAAGGCAACUCCUUGAGGAUUGCGUUCUACAUCUUACUACCGUUAUACCUUACGAGUGGUGGCGUCAUUCCGGUGAAUGCCCUCGAAACUGUGAUAAAAAACAACAAGGCAGAACUGGAGCGAGUGCUUGGAGUUCCAAUAUCUGAAAUCAAGUCUGCUAUCGCGCUCACAACCCCAAGUUCACCCACGACCACAUCCAAUAUGACCACUGCACCUCCAAACAUAACAACUCGAUCAGUUACCAUCGCCACCACGGAGAAGACAAAUGACGACUGGAAGUGGAUCGUUAUCGGAGUCUGUGUCGGAGUUUUGGUCCUUGUUCUAAUUGCUGUCAUCGUCUUCUGUGUGAAAAAGAAAAAGAAUACAGCAAAAAUAAGCAGUAGCCACCAAGCUUUAAAUGCAUCAGACGAAAAUUACAACCGAGGGGCUGACAAUCACGGACACGAAAUGACGGUCUAUCACGGACAGCAGCCGCUAGUAUGAACCACACGAGUCUAACCCACAAACUCUUGCAGUCACCACAAACACUGUUUGUGGUGACUGCAAAUGGACUUUCAGGAUCGACAGAUUUACAAAAGCACUUAUACAAAUGAGCACAAAACAUGUGGGACGUCGAUUUGGAGAAACUUAAAACUUAAAAAGUUUAUCGAGCCUUUGUGACUACUUCUAAUACUCUGCGGUGUCCAGAGGGUUAUUAACUGUUUUAAGUUGAAGUUUUGAUUAAACGGGCUGUUAAGCUAAGUAUGGCGAUCCUUCAGUAUGGAAAAGCAACGAUACACAAUCGAAAAAAACUCAAAAAAGAAGACCUAACUAUAUAUAUCAUGAUUUCUGAACUAAGUCAAAAUGCAAAAUGAACUAAGUUACAACUUAACUUCAUCCGGUAUGAAGUACUAUCAACCAUUGUGAGAAUGGUUACGAAGCUAAUUGACCAUUGAAAAAUUGAAAGACAAGUGAAUAUUCUGCAAGAUUUAUGUUAACGACGUUAACUUCAGCUGGUAGAAAGCUCUUCAACCCCCAGUAGACUCAUCACACCGAAAUAUCGAAAAAUUCAGUUUCAAGGUAUUUUGCAGUUCCAGCAGCAACCACUCGAAAGAUGCCUGAAGCACCAUAAGCCACGCGGGAGGUUUUGGGCUCAAGUCCAUACAUUUUGCCGGUAAAUAGCUGACUGGCUCAUGUUUUGCCAGUCUGAUUUUUCACAAGUCACGUAUAUAUCAUGAUGAAAAAUUUGCCUGUGUGAGUAGUUUCAUUUGUGUAAUAAGUGUUUCCGUAAAGAUGUAUAAGCACAAAGAACUAAAAUUGUACUUACGCUUUCAACACUAAAAUAAAUCAAUAAACUUGAUUAAAGUUC